AUGUGGCAUGCUAGCGCUGUUUUGAGAUUGGGGAAAGGGGAAUUUUUUAAGAGAAGGAGAUUAAGUAUAAAUAAAAAAUAUAACAAGAAGGUACAAAAGAUCAGCUGGGGAUUUAAGAAAUAA